AUGGGUUCACGGCAAAUUACGGAAAAAUCCUUAGCAAUGCUGCGGUCAUUGCCUAGAAUAUCUUUAGCUAAUUUACGUGACAAUCCAGGUUCAAGAAAAAAUAAUAAAAGAGGAAGAGGACAAUAUGGUGGUGACAAACACGGAGCUGGAAAUAAAGGCUCGAAUCAAAGACAGAAUUAUAUGAGACUUGGCUAUGAAACUGGAAACAAUCCUUUUUAUCUCAGAAUGCCUCAUGAAAGCUACUACAAGGGUCAUCAUCACAGAAGAGAAUAUCCUCCUAUAUCACUAUUGCAAUUACAAAAGCUCAUAGAUACAGAUCGAGUGGACAUUGAUAAACCCAUUGACAUAGCCAGUAUAGUGAAAUCUGGUCUGUAUCAUUUUUUCCCUGACCAAAAACAUUUUGGUGUAAACUUAACAGAUGAAGGAGCUGACAUCUUUGCUGCAAAAAUUAAUAUAGAAGUGCAAUGGGCGAGUGAGCAAGUAAUUGCUGCUAUAGAAAAGAAUGGAGGAGUUAUAACUACAGCAUAUUAUGAUCCACAUAGCUUACUUUUAUUGAAGAACCCUAAGAAGUUUUUUGAGACCGGACAAGCCAUUCCCAGAAGAAUGAUUCCACCUCCAGAUGCCAUAGAAUAUUACACAAGUGCAGAGAUGAGAGGUUACUUAGCUGAUCCAGAGAAAAUUUCAGAAGACAGAUUGAGGCUUGCUCAGAAAUAUGGUUAUGAAUUACCUGUUCUAGAAAAUGAUAGCAACUAUAGUAUGUUAUGCGAAAGGAAAGAUCCACGUCAAAUUUUCUAUGGACUAGAACCAGGAUGGGUGGUUAAUUUAAAAGACAAGUGCAUCCUUAAACCUAAGGAUGAAGAGUUACUCAGAUUUUAUGCAUCAUAA